UUUGAGAGUAUGCGCCGUUCUGAUUCGAGAGCACAUAUCUGUAAGACAGACUAAACUAAACUCUAGGUACCUAUGUAUAUCAGAAAAAAUCGAUCAUUACUGUCAAAGAAUAAAAAUUAUUUUUUUCUUCUUUAAAUUGCGACAAAUUUAAAGUUGUGGAACUCUUUCCCGAUUUCGCUGUAAACCAGAUCGGGCUGGCUUUGGGGACAUUCCACAUACUCCAUUCAAACACAUAUUUUUACAGGUAGGGAUUUUCCUAUUGAUCUUCAUCUAGGUUUUUUUUUUCGGUUUUUUAUUUUGGUCGAAGUGGGCAUUGGUGCUAUAAUUUGCUGGGAAAUACCUAUACAAAAAACCCCCGACAAGUGCAAGUGCUGUGAGUUGGGGUAAAAGAAGUGAGAAUGGACGAAUAUCAGCAUAUGGAAAGAUUUGGCGUGGAGAAUGAUUAUGUGGACGGACAGUGGAUUGGAGGGGAAUUUUAUUACAGGAAGCGAAAAGAAAAACGCUCUCAGACUAAGGACGAUGUGCUCUAUGGUGUAUUUGAUGAGAGCGAUUCCGACGAGGAGGGCUCAUCGAAAAGGAGGAGAAGGGAUGUCAUUAAAAAGGGGGAUUUGACUAAGCCUGUCAAUUUUGUGUCAACUGGCACCGUUAUGCCUUCUGAGGAAAUUGAUAAGAAGGUGGAAGAAAAAGACGAGGGGAUGCUUGGUACCAGUGCAGGGUUAGGGUUUAAGCCGAAUGACAAGGAUGAUACCCGAGAGCAGGAUAAUUUUCUUCCGACUGCUUUUGGUAGGAUAAUCAAGGAAGGAGCAGAGAGAAGAGAAAGAGAAAGGGACAGAGAUAGAUCGAAGGGCUCAAUAGGGAAAGGAAAGGAGAGCGCUGGUGUGGGAAAUGGCAUGAUUGGCACUUUUGAGAAGCAUACCAAGGGUAUUGGAAUGAAAUUGUUGGAGAAGAUGGGUUACAAGGGUGGAGGUCUAGGAAAGAAUGAACAGGGGAUUGCACUUCCUAUAGAGGCAAAACUUAGGCCAAAGAACAUGGGUAUGGGUUUCAAUGAUUUCAAUGAAGUAUCCACUGGUUUGCCUUCAUUGCCCGCGAUGGAGGAAAAGGGGGAAGAGAAGGUGAAUGAGGUUAAGCCUCGGACGAAAGAGAAGCUGUGGUCCAAGCAAAACCAAAGUAGGAAGAAAGAAUACAUAACAGCUGAAGAACUUUUAGCUCAGAAGCAGGAACAGGGUGUUGAAGUAGUGCAGAAAGUGCUUGACAUGAGAGGUCCUCAAGUGAGGGUGUUGACGAAUCUUGAAAACUUGAAUGCUGAAAAGAAGGCUAUCGAGCAUCAAACACCUAUGCCAGAGUUACAACACAAUGUGAAGUUGAUUUUAGAUAUGGUAGAGGCAGAUAUUCAGAAGUUUGAUCAGAAUUUAAGGCAUGAGAGAGAGUCUGUGGCAAUAUAUCAGAAAGAGAAGGAGAGGCUUCAGAAAGAGAGUGCACGGCAGAAGAAACAACUAGAGAACAUAGAGGAUAUUAAGGGAGCAUUGGAUAGAAUCGAGGAGAGUGUUGCGGUAGGUACUAUGACAUUGGAAUUACUUGCAAGUGUCUUUGAGAAUUUACAGUCCAAAUAUCGGGAGGACUACACGAUGUGCAACUUGUCAUGUAUUGCAUCUUCAUUUGCUUUGCCAUUGCUGAUAAGAGUGUUUCAAGGUUGGGAACCACUUCAGCAUCCUUCGCAUGGUUUAGAGGUAAUGUCAUUGUGGCAGAGGCUUCUGCAAGGGGAUGAGCCCCGUGAUUAUGGUAUUUACACAGAAACAGAACUUGCUUCUUCAACUCCUUACACUCAACUCUUCACUGAAGUUAUUCUUCCAGCAGUGAGAAUAGCUGCUACAAAUUCCUGGGAGCCCAGGGACCCUGAACCUAUGCUACGUUUUCUGGAAACAUGGGAGAAGUUACUACCGGCUUCAGUUCUUUAUAACAUUCUGGAUCAUAUAGUGAUGCCCAAAUUAACAGCAGCAGUAGAUACUUGGGAUCCUCGCAGGGAGACUGUGCCAAUACAUGCAUGGUUACAUCCUUGGCUUCCAUUGUUGGGCCAGCGUAUGGAGCCUUUAUAUCCGACCAUUCGAUAUAAGCUGGGGAAUGUGCUUCAUGCCUGGCAUGCAAGUGAUGCAUCUGCAUAUGCAAUUUUAUCACCUUGGAAAACUGUAUUUGAUCCUGCUAGCUGGGAGCAGCUGAUUGUUCGUUUUAUUGUACCUAAUCUGAUGACAGUUCUGCAGGAAUUCGUAAUCAACCCGGCUGAUCAGCAACUAGACCAAUUCAACUGGGUUAUGGCUUGGGCAUCUGCUAUUCCAAUAUUUCAUAUGGUUGCAAUGUUGGAGGCAGGUUUUUUUCCAAAGUGGCAGCAAGUUUUGUAUCAUUGGCUAUGUUCAAAUCCUGAUUUUAAUGAAGUAACACAGUGGUUUUUAGGGUGGAAAGGACUCUUUCGCCCUGAACUUCUUGCUAAUGAGAGGAUCAGAAGUCAGCUAAAUGUAGCCCUUGAAAUGAUGAAUCAAGCUGUAGAGGGUAUGACUGUGGAACAACCUGGGGCUAGAGAGAAUGUGAGCUAUCUUAGGGUGACAGAGCAGCGUCAGUUUGAGGCACUUCAGCAGCAGCAAGCAGCAGCAGCAUAUGCUCAACAGCAAGCCUCAACUUCCCUGGGCAGUGGGAUUCACCUGAAUAAUUCGAUGGGUGCACCUCAAUUGAGUUUGAAGGAAGUGAUUGAAACAUAUGCUCAAGAACAUGACAUCCAAUUCUUCCCUAAAGUGGGACGCACGCAUGAUGGUCUUCAGGUUUAUGGCUUUGGAUCUGUUAGUAUCUAUCUAGAUUCUGCAAAACAACAAGUGCUUGCACAAUCUGGAGAUAGAUGGGUGAUUGCGUCAUUGGAGCAGCUAGUUGAGAUGCACCGCAAUCGAACUGGAGGAAAUCAUUGACAAAUCAAACAAAUGCUGAAGAGAAAAUGUACCUUUUUUGAAUGAUAUUAAAAAAAAUAUCAUAUGCAGCAUUUCUGUGGAGCUUGAAAUGGAUGUCCUAUGGAUGGAAAAUCAUUUCAAAAGCAUUCUGAAUGGAUUCAAAAACCUUGUUGGGAGGUGCAUUAGAAAAUCUAUAUCACAUUUUUUUCGUUUCCUAAUAAUGGCAUGCCUUUGAACUCUU